AGAGAGAUCGAAGAAAAGAAGAGGAAAUCAACCUGUUUUCUUAAAUUGUUAAUCCCAAUUCAAUUUUUUAAAUGUUCAAGAUUUAUGGGCUUUUUCUCAAACAUUCAAUCGUUGUUGAAGGUUAAGUAAUAUACGAUUUAUGUUUCGAACUUUGUGAACUCAAAAUGAACGCUGAACUAGGAACCAAGGAGGAGCGGGCUUAUUUUAUGUCCGUUCUCAAUACUCUGAAAAGUUAUGGGGAACAAUCGCUGCUGAGGAUUGAACACAAAGAGAAAUGCUUCAAUAACUUACCCCCUCACCACAAGAUGUGGCUGAAAAAGUACAAGGAGGAUUUGGAAAUGUUCAAAAGAUGCAUUCAGAAAAAUUCUGAAUUCAUUCCUUUGGUAGUGCGAGAGGCUCAUUGUAUAUUCGAAAAUGUACACCUAAGCGAGACUAUGACUCUUUCUGAACAAAACGUUGGAACACUAUCUGAAGGCCUUGAUAAGGUACAAUCGGUUUUCAAGCAGCUCAUGCGUGACUGGAGCAGCUUGGGAGCAUUCGAACGCCAGCAAUGCUACGAACCCAUUAUCAAGGAAAUUUUUGAAAAUUAUCCGGAGGACAAGUUUGAUCGGGGUAACAUCAGCAUACUCGUCCCCGGAGCCGGACUCGGUAGACUGGCUUUCGAAAUAGCUUCGAAGGGGUUCUCCUGCCAAGGGAACGAAUUCAAUAUGUUCAUGCUUAUAGUUUCAUUUUUCGUUCUGAAUCUCUGUAAAAAAGUUGAUGAAUAUGAGAUCCAUCCUUGGAUACACCAGUAUUGUAACAAUACGAAAGGGGAGGAUCAAACUCUCAGUGUGAGAUUUCCAGACGUGAUCCCUGAACCCACUCCCGACAGCAAAUUCUCCAUGACUGCGGGCGAUUUUCUGGAAGUAUACAUUCACGAAGACGAAUGGCACUGUGUGGCAACUUGCUUCUUCAUUGACUGCGCCCCAAAUGUUGUUGAGUUCAUCGAAACUAUUUACAACAUACUCAAACCGGGGGGGCUGUGGAUCAAUCUAGGCCCUCUCCUCUACCACUAUUCCGAUGCGAAGAACACCGAAAGCAUCGAGCCCAGUUUCGAGGUGCUGAAGCAAGUAAUCAAGAGUAUUGGCUUUGACAUGGAGAAGUGUGAAACGGGGAUCAAGACAAAGUACUGUCAGAACCCCAAGUCGAUGCUGCAGUACGAAUACGACAGCGUGUUUUUUGUAUGUAGGAAACCGAUUAGGGUGGAUAGGAGUUUUGAAUAUGAUAGUGCUAAUGGCUAUUGUGAUAUACCUAGUCCUGUUUUGUAAGAUAGUUUGAUGAAUUUUUAAAUGUAAUUUAAGAGAAAUAGUGAAUUUGAAUCUGUGUCUGAGGGCAUUUUAACAAAUUUAUGUGAUAUGACAAAGAUAUUUUUAGAAACCUUGUUAGAAUUGACAAAUAGAAUUCAAAUUUUAAUUUUUAA